AUGAGCGCCGAACCGCCAGUGCCAGAGACGAGCGUCCUCGCUGUAGCCAGUCAUGUCGUAUCCGGACAUGUCGGAAACAAAAUCGCCGUCUUCGUGCUUCAGUCCAUGGGCUGCGAUGUCUCGGCUCUAAAUACCGUACAAUUCAGCAACCAUACUGGAUAUAGACAAUGGAAGGGCACACGAGUAUCGGCGCAGGAGAUAACGGAUCUGUGGGAGGGUCUCAAGCAGUCAUACCUCGACCAAUUUGACAUGAUGCUGUCGGGUUAUGUACCGGGCGCGGCCGCCGUCGAGGCCGUGGGCAACAUUGCAAAGGAGCUCAAGGAAAAGUCGAGAACAAAACCGGGAAGCUUCUUUUGGGUUCUGGACCCAGUCAUGGGGGACAAUGGCAAGUUAUACGUUGCCGACGACGUCGUGCCUGCGUAUAGGGGCUUGGUCCAGCAUGCCGACCUGAUCCUGCCAAAUCAAUUCGAGGCCGAGCAACUCUCCGAGGUCAAGAUUACUGAUUCCGCGUCGCUUCGCCAGGCCAUUGAGGUUCUGCACACGAAAUUCAACAUCCCGCACAUUGUCAUCACCUCCGUCUCCCUGCCCCUGAGCGACUCGCAGACGACUUCGCCCAAUUCGCGGACCAUGUCGGUCGUGGGCUCGACCAAGACAUCGACGGGCAAGCCGCGGCUGUUCAAGAUCCACUUCCCCGUGUUCGAGUGCUACUUUAGCGGCACGGGCGACAUGUUUGCCGCGCUCAUGGUGGUGCGCAUGCGCGAGGUUGUCCACAAUGCCGGCGGCGCGCUGAGCUCGACGACGAGCUGGCUGAGCGGCGACGAGGUGGCGCCGCUGGAUCUGCCCCUCGCCCGGGCCGCCGAAAAGGUCCUGGCCAGCAUGCACGAGGUGCUGAGCCGGACGUGCGAGAGUAUGGCGACCGAGACGGCACAGGCGGGCAUUGUCAAUGGCUUGCCCGCGGGCGGCGCGACUUUGUCGUCCGAAGAGGAGGAGAAGAAGAGGCAUCUGCUCCGAAGCAGAGCUGCCGAGCUGAGGCUGGUCAGAAACCUGAGCUGUCUGAGGAGUCCGAAUAUCGAAUACAGGGCUGAAAAGAUGUAG